UUUUUGCAUUUAAUCAAACUUUAUUCUAAUUACUAUAGAAACGCUCUUCUUUUUGGGGGGAUUCUCUGCUGUUUUACAAGCUGCACGUCUGUAGAUAUGAGCGGACUGAUACACAGAGCUACCGGGAGAAAUGAUGGAAGCUCACAAGGAGAGGGUCUAAUCAGAAAUUGAGGUCAUAUGAUCAUGCGUGUGCGGGAGCCGUGUGUAUGUUUAAUUCCAUUUCCUUAUCCGGGGAUUCGUCCAAGAGGCGUGCCAUUGGCUGGCUGCCGUCACGUGGACUCCUAACUUUGUUCGCUUGACAGAAAAGUAGGAGGGUUCAAGUGAACAGCAAUAACCGUAGACUAAAGGGAUGACAUAUAAUUUUUAGUUAUAUAUCUUUUCUAGUCGGUGUAAUUUCAGAAAAAGACUCAAAUUAAUGGCCAUGAGCUCCUAUUUGAUCAACUCCAACUAUGUGGAUCCGAAGUUCCCACCCUGCGAGGAAUACUCACAAAGCGACUAUCUGCCCAGUCACUCCCCGGACUAUUACAGCUCCCAGAGGCAGGAGCCUGCUUCUUUUCGGCCGGACUCUAUCUUCCACACCGAACACCACCCGCACCACCCGGCUCAUCACCAGCACCGAGUCGAGCCGCCGUACACGCCGUGCCGGCGUACACCGCAACCCGCUUCAGUAGUGACAUCCCCCCAGGGUCACACCGUUCUCCCUGCCGGGUUGCACACUACCACUGUGUCGGAGCAGAGUCACCGCUGUGACUCGGUCACACCGAGCCCGCCUCCACCUCCACCCUGUGGUCAAACUCCUCGCAGCCAAAGCGCCUCUUCCACCGCGAGCAGCCGGAAGGACCCGGUGGUGUAUCCGUGGAUGAAGAAAGUGCAUGUAAACAUCGUCAAUUCCAGCUACUCGGGUGGAGAGCCGAAGCGUUCGCGGACGGCUUAUACACGCCAACAAGUCCUGGAGCUGGAGAAGGAGUUCCACUACAACCGCUAUCUGACACGCAGGCGUAGGGUGGAGAUUGCGCACACUCUGUGUCUGUCCGAGCGGCAGAUAAAGAUCUGGUUCCAGAACCGGAGGAUGAAGUGGAAGAAGGACCACAAGCUGCCAAACACGAAGGUCCGCUCCGGGACCAACAGCACCACAAGUUCUCAGACUGUGUCUGCUUCUCAGAACCGCUCCUCCGGACCUCUAUAGUGCGGCUCUUUGAGCUUUGGCAGUUUGGUUCAGAAGCUUCUAGACUAAAAAUUGAAGGUGUGGCCCAGCAGAACCUCCGGAUGUGCACGUUGGACCGGAAAAUGUACGUAACUCUUGAGAAGAGGACAAAGGCCACUCAUUGCAGACAGCAUGGCCCUGAUCUCUCCCGUUACUCACCUAUGACUUUGUGGGGGUGGGGCUUGUUGUAAAAUGUUAUUUAACAAAGUAUGAAAAGGACAGGCAUAUGUCAGAAGCAAGAACACUAGUGCUACACAUUCCAAAUGUUUGUCCUUCCUGAACCCUAAGAUCCCUUCUGUUUCUUUUUUCCUUUGGAUUUACGCCUGCAGUCAGACUAAGCAGAACCAUCCACCUACCAUGUUGUACUCCGAGUGUGUACAACAUGUGUAAACAUGUGUAAACAUUCAAACAAACAUGUGUUUGUUUGAAUGUUUGCUUGCACAUACUUUCUUUUCUUCUAUUUCUUCUAAGAACAUCCUCGUUUCCAUGUUAAAUUACACCAAACCUGAGAGCCAUUUUUCAUGUUUUCUGUGCGGGAUACAAAGCAAAGAGGUGAAUUUCGCGACUUUGCCCAUUAACCCGCCCCCUCUGACCACUACCCUCUCACACAUUUGUAAAAAAUGGAACUGUCGUUUCCUCCAUAUCUCCAACUCCACCCCCAUGCACACAUACACGCGUAGAAACAGUGGAAAUUAUCAUAUAGCCAUGCUCGUGCCUGCAGCAGUCAAACAGAACAUGUACCCGCAGGUAGAACCCAGCUGGCGGGUUGCUUUCUCGCUGCAAUAGUUUGAACUCGGUUUUCUUGUUUGAUUGGUGGCAGAAUAUAAUUGUGACCAUGUUAUUAUAGAGUUAUUUUUGAAGUCAGUAUUGAUUGUCAAACGGUACUCUGUGUUGGUACUGCUGAGAAUGAUGCGGAAGGUUUCUAGAGGUCCGUUUACUGUUCAGCUGGUGGUGGGACACAUAAGUAUUUCCCACCGCUUAUCGAACAUGGACGGGCUGAAAAUUUGCCCAGAGGACAUUAACAAUCACACCAAAAACGUACAAAGAGUAUUCAAACACAGCACUAAAAAAUGUAUUACUUAUCACCGUACAUGUAAAUACACAAUGUAAAUACACACACACACACACAAACAUAUAUAUAUAUAUAUAUAUAUAUAUAUAUAUAUAUAUAUAUAUAUAUAGAGAGAGAGAGAGAGAGAGAGA